AUGCGCUACUGCGAAAGCAACCAAGGCAACGAAAUCCAGAAGGAAAACCUCCACACAGAAAUUGGCGGUGACGUUACGGAAGAGGACAACUCGAGCAACAGCUACAAAGGGUACGAAGAAAUUGCAGAUACUAGACGAAGCGGAGAUGAUGCACAGGUAGCGACGAAAGCAAGGGUGAGCAAGGCUGGUUCAUCAAUAUCAGCAGCAUCACGGAAAUCAGUCAAGGCGCGUUUGGAUGUGGAACUUCAACAGAUCGAGGCUGAAGAGACACUGAUGCAAGAAGAGAUGCGGCGCAAGCGGGAACUAGCUGAAAAGAAGUUCGCUGUUCUAAAGGAGAUGGCCGAUUUGGAAGGCAGUGGUGAAUCAGUCAUUGAUCAGCAUAAUGGUCAUCACAAGGUGGAACAGUGGUUGAACCAUCGCAGCGAAACCAAAGUGAAAGAUAAGCGUUCGUCAUACAAGGAAACCAGCAUAGAAGACUCAAGCGAAGAAGAAAUGUCUGGUACCGGGACAAAGGGUGAAGAAGAACUUUCAUCCUUCGGUGGAACCAAUUGUGAUGGCAGUGAAGAAGAAGCACAACCCUAUGACGAACGAGCAGGGCGAAGACACCAAAGAGCGAAGAGUGAAACAGCCAAGAAAGUUGAAAUAUGUGGUAGUAGUCGACCAGUUACAGGCCGGCAACACUCCCUGAGAAGCAGCAAAAGACUCUCGAAGGAUGAGAUUGCAGCACGACAGGUUGUACCUCGUGAGCUGCCCAAGUUCAGCGGUAAUCCGGAGGAAUGGCCAAUGUUCUUGUCCACGUAUGAAGAUACAACGGCUAUGUGUGGGUACACGGAAGCGGAGAACAUGAUCCGUUUGAGGAACUGUUUGAAGGGAGAUGCAUUUAACGCUGUUCGUAGUUUCUUGAUGCGGCCUGAAACGGUAGGCAGAGCAAUCAGUGCACUGAAACUACGCUUCGGUAGACCGGAAACGAUAAUUGAAUACCUGAAGGAGAAGAUUAUAUCGAUGCCGACUAUCAAGCCAGAUGCGAUGGACAAGCUGGUCGAUUAUGCUCUGGAGGUCCAGAAUCUCUGUGCCACUGUAAAAGCUUGCGGUGGAAAGGAGUAUAUGUGUGAUGCCACGCUCCUAAAAGAAUUUGUCCAGAAACUGCCCCCUCAAAUAAAGCUGGAUUGGGCGCGGUACAAGAGAAACUUGCCAGAGGUAAAGUUGUCCACGUUCAGCCAGUGGAUAUACAGCUUGGCGGAAGAUGUUACCGUUGUUUUCGAGCCUCAGUGCCGCGGAGGCAGGAAUCAGGAGAUAAAAGGAAACCGAAAGGAGAAGUAUGUGAACACUCACGCAGAAGUUCAUUCCAAGGAUAGGACUCAUACUGUAUACCCAACCCAAGAAAGAUCGACGGUGACCGGAGUGAGCGGAGGAAACAAAGCAUGUCCCGCGUGCAAAGAAGAUUGCAAAUAUCUUGGAAAAUGCAAGCGAUUUCUUGAGCUGUCGUACGAAGCAAGGUGGGCAACAGUACGUGGAUUCAACUUCUGCCGCAAAUGUCUUCGGCAGCAUAAAGGUGGCUGCAAUUCUGGAGAGUGUGGGAAGAACGGAUGCACCUUCAAGCAUCACGUCUUGCUUCACAAGGACUUACUAGCACAAACGCCACCAAGCGGUGCCAAUAGGAGCGGCCCUUCGAGGCAGAACGAGGAACGCAACGUCAAUACACAUCAAACCGGCACGGGCUCGCUUCGCUACUUGCCAGUGACAUUGUUUGGAAACGGAAUACAGCUAAAAUGUCACGCUUUCCUGGACGAUGGAUCCGAACUUACGCUCAUCGACCAGCAACUAGCUGAGGAGCUGAGGUUGUCCGGAACCAUUCAUCCGCUCUGCCUGAAAUGGACGGGUGGUACUCAUCGCUACGAAUCCGAUUCACAGAGUGUCGAGCUUGUGGUCGCCGGAAGAGGAGGAAAGCGGCUGUUACUGCAAGAUGUGAGAACGGUGGAAGAGCUGCAAUUACCCUUCCAGUCUUUGGAUAUGACUCAACUCACUAAACAGCAUCGAUACCUGCAGGGACUUCCUGUGGAAUCAUACACGAACGUUCGUCCACGGAUACUUAUUGGAUUGAGGCACGCUAAUGUUAUGCUGGUGCGGAAAAGUCGUGAGGGCAAGAUUGGCGACCCAAUUGCUGUAAAAACCAAUCUCGGAUGGUCGGUGUACGGUGGCUGGGCCACGAAAAAUUCCUCGAGUACUAGUCACACCUAUCACAUUUGUACGUGUAGCGAAGAAAGCAUGACGCACUUAAACCAGACGGUCAAAGACUACUUUGCUAUCGACAGUCUGGUAGUCAAGCCCAACCAGCUCGAACGACUAUCUAAGGAUGACGAGCGAGCAAUGUUUUUGUUGGAAUCUCGGACACACUUCAAUGGAGAGCGGUACGAAACUGGCCUUUUAUGGCGCUCUGAUAGAAUUCGGCUACCGGAUAACAAGGCAGUCGCAAUCCGUCGGUGGAAAUGCCUGGAGAAACGCAUGGCGAAGGAUACGGAACUGGCGAACGUUUUGAACGAGAAAAUCGUGGAAUACAUUUCGAAAAACUACAUUCGCGAACUAACACCAGAAGAACUGUCGGAGAAGCGUGAACGAGUGUGGUAUCUACCGAUUUUCCCGGUUUACAACCCGAAUAAACCUGGAAAGGUACGUAUCGUUUGGGAUGCCGCCGCCACAGCUUACGGAACAUCACUGAAUUCGGCACUCCUUACUGGUCCCGAUCAGUUGACGUCGUUAGUUGGCAUUCUGUAUCAGUUUCGUGAGCAUCGAGUAGGCGUGUGUGCUGACAUUCGGGAGAUGUUCCACCAGGUACGGAUAGUUCCGGAAGAUCAGCACUGUCAGCGGUUUCUGUGGCGCAGUAUCGUGGAACAUGGUGAGCCUAGGACUUAUGUCAUGCAGGUAAUGACCUUUGGGGCGAGCUGUUCUCCUGCUAUAGCCCAGUUCGUGAAGAACAGCAACGCAGACAGAUACGUAGACGAAUAUCCGGAAGCAGUAGCGGUGAUCAAGAAACGACACUAUGUGGACGACAUGGUUUUGAGCGCCGAAACGGAGGAAGAAAUCGUCAAGCUAUCUCAAUCGGUACGUUAUAUCCACAUGCAGGGUGGAUUUGAAAUCCGCAACUGGGUCUCCAACUCAUCGCUGGUGCUGUCGAAAAUGAAUGCAGAGCAGUCAACAGAGAAGGAUUUGAAUAUAACUUCCGAGUUAGCUAGCCAGAAAAUCCUCGGUAUGUGGUGGGAUACGCAGGAUGAUGUGUUCAAGUACAAGAUCGGAUGGACGAGAUUUGAUUCAGCGCUUCUCGAUGGAAGUCGUUGUCCCACCAAACGGGAGAUCCUUAGGACACUGAUGACCAUCUACGAUCCUGUAGGGCUGAUAGAUCACUAUUUGGUUCUACUGAAAAUCCUGCUUCAGGAGGUGUGGCGUACUGGGAUUGAUUGGGAUGAACCUAUCCCUGAAAAUCUGUUCGAGAGGUGGCGUACGUGGAUUCGUCUUCUCCCGGAAUUGGAGAAACUUCGGAUCCCAAGGUGUUACCGGCAAGUUGUAUUGUCGAUAGAAGAGGCUGCAGUAGAUAUGCACGUCUUCGUUGAUGCCAGCGAAAGUGCUAUGUCAGCCGUUGUGUUUCUGCGAUUUACGAAAGGUGACCAGCUGGAAUGUUCUCUGGUUGCGGCUAAGACUCGAGUAUCACCGAUGAAAUACACCUCAAUCCCACGGUUAGAGCUGCAAGCCGCAGUUCUGGGGUGUCGAUUGGCUGCCAAUGUAACACGAAGCCUGACGAUGAACAUUUGUAAGCGUACAUUUUGGACAGACUCUCGAAAUGUGCUCUGUUGGCUGCGUGCCGACCACAAGCGAUACAGUGCUUUCGUCGGAUCAAGAAUCAGCGAAAUAUUGGAAUCUACGGACAUCCACGAUUGGAGAUGGGUUCCGACUCGAUCUAAUGUCGCUGAUGAUGGGACCAGAUGGCGAGAUCGACCUGACCUAUCGUCGGAGAGCAGGUGGUUCAAGGGUCCAGAGUUCCUGAUGCAAGCAACAGAGAAGUGGCCCAGCCUUCCAGUAAAGAUCUCUACCGAGGAAGAGAUGAGACCCAGCGUAUUGUUCCACAUCAGUGUUUCCGAAUCGGUAAUCGAUGUCAGCAGGUUUUCGAGUUGGCGACGACUGUUGAUAGUGACCGGAUACGUGCUUCGUUUCUGCACGAACAUUCAACGGAGCUGUAGGAAAGUUCCCUUAAUUGCUGGACCACUCAUGCGGGAAGAGCUUCGCAGUGCGGAAGCACACCAUUAUCGGCAAGCGCAACGUGACAUAUACCAUGACGAGGUUGCAGUGUUGGUGGCUAAAGAAGAAAGGGGAAAACAAAUUCCAAAGGCGAGUCCGCUCUACAAGCUGAGCCCAUUUGUGAAUUCCAAGGCAGUGGAGGCACUAAACGAAAUUUUAAUUUGUUGGGCACACCAACUGGAGGGAUCGUCUUCCGAAAAAAUAAACCACCUCAAAUUCUAG